GUGACUCAGUUUUUGAGAGACAGUUGCUACUCCUGGGUGCCGUAGCUAUUGUGGACUCCUUAGCGGUAGCUCCACAGCCAAACAACCCUCCAAAGACUAAGAGAUCUCUCUGUUGGAUGUACUGCGUUCCAACAGCAGUGUUUUGUGACCAAAGAAAGAAGUCCGUGUGUAUGUGUGUGUGAGGCGUUUCCCCGUUGACUUCUCACAAGGUACAACCCACAUACAAAAAAGCUGGAUUCGCCCGAUCUGACAGUACCAUACAAGGGAUACACCCUAGACAGACCAAAGACCAACGUUAGAUCUGUCACAAUGAAAAGGACGCGAGCUGACCACGGGAACCUCAACUCUGAAGACCUUUCCGCCAAGCGAAUCGUCCGUCGUAAAGUGACUGCGAGUGGCGAUCACCGCCGCAGCUUGAGUCCUGCUGAUGACCUUGAAACCCCGCAGCAGCGCCGUGAAGUGAGGACGACUUCCUCUGUGCUCAAGUACAUGAAAUACUCUACUGCAAGUGGAGGAGGAGGAGGAGGAAGUGGUGGGGAGAAAUAUUCCUCGGGUUCAAAGUACAAGUACGGUGGCGGCGAUGGUGGGAAUUCUGAAAACAAGUACGAUCACUUUGAUCACCGUGGGACGUCUGGUGGUGGAAAAGGAGGACGGAAUAUGGGCGACGGUUUUGAACGGACGUCGCAGCUGUCCAGACGUGUUUCCGCUCGUGAUCACAAUCAUCAUGACACGGGGGCACACGGCAUGCGUUUCAACACCUACAAUGAUCGGUUCGAGUUUUCCCUGAGGAUCGGUGCCCUCGAUGUGGACAUGCACGAUGGGGAGCUAAAAACCUGUCUCUUCAACCUCUUUAAACACUACGGCUAUGUCCACAUCAAGGUGCUGGGACGUGGCAUUGAGAGACACGCCUUCAUAAAUUUCAUGAAGCGGCCAGACGCGCAGAAAGCCCUGAGCGAGAUGUAUGAAUUUGUUCUGGAAGGAGUUCCUCUCAAAACGGAAUGGUCCAAAUCAACUCUCCAUCGCUAUCCUGAGGUUGCAGAUAACCCCUACGUGACUCGCUCCCGUCGAGGGGCGGGGCUGUCGACGCGACCUUCGACCUCUCGGACUCGUCACCAUGAGGACCACUACGACAGCUACGGAGGGAGCGGAGGUCGCGAAAGUCCACCUCCCCCACCCAGCAGCUCCCGGGAAAAACAAUCUUCGUAUUCCACCAGAGAAGUUUCAACAACGCGUCGCCCGCGCGAAGUCUCCCGGGAUAUCCACUCCCGCGAACUCUCCCCAAGGGAAAUCCCCGCUCCCCGUAUCUCUCGCGAGCUGCCCCGGGACAUUCCGCGAGAGCCCGAUAUCAACCCACGAGAAUCCCGGGACAUCUCGUACAAGAUCUCAAACAGUAUUUCCUCGCCUCCAUCGGCACACGACCGAAGUCACAACUCUGCCUCCUCGGGUGGUGGGCAGUCGUCUUCCUCGCGUCACGAGCCGCGCACCGUUAUUCCCAUCACUGACCCAACGGCCACGCGGACACUGUUUGUCGGGAAUCUCGAGCUUGACAUCACCGAACGCGAGUUGAGAGACUUGUUUGGCCCGUACGGGCGCAUCGAGAGCGUUGACAUAAAGACACAGCGAGUAUCGGGAGCAACUUACGCUUUCGUCAAGUUCCUUACCAUCAACGAUGCCAUAAACGCCAAGAAUGACAUGCACGGCCGCAAGUACGGCGAGUACCGACUGAAGAUUGGGUUCGGUCGCGGGCUCCGUCGGGGAAAGUGUGGAUUGGCAAUCUCACGUGUCUCACCGAUUUCAAAGAGGUCCAACAGGAACUGGACAGGUUUGGUUUGAUCCGCAAGACAGACUACCAGGACGGUGACAACCACGCCUUCAUCCAGCUAGACAGUCUGGACGCUGCACAAGCUGCAAUCGCUUCUCUGACUGGCUACCGCAUCAGAAACUCGGGCCGGGUCCUCAAGAUUGAUCUCUGCAAACCAAUGCACCUGAGAGACGAUCCUGAUUUUCACCUCCGUCACAUCCCCGAACGCUCCCUCUCUUCCCAAGACGAUUCCUACCCCACUUCCCCCGCAGUGUUCAAGAGAAAGGUCCGCAAUCAAGAUUACCAUCUGCAGCACGACGUUGGUGUGAGAAGGGUUAAAGAUGACCUGGACGACCUCCCUCCGAUCAAGGGGGAGAGGAUUGUGAGUUCGAGCGGUGGUGGGAAAGGAAGGAACACGCGUGAGGAUAUUCGACGAGAGUACCACCGAAAGAGGCCCCACUCACCACCUCCUGGUAAAGACGGGUUCCACAGGGGAAGUAGUAGCGGACGGAUGCAUUCCGACGAGCUAAAUGGAGUGGGCGGAGACUACCACACAAAGCGGCCGAGGAUUAUGACGGAAUUGGGGAGCAAUCGUCGCAGCGAGCGGGAGCGAACCGGCGAGAGAGACCGAAAUCAGGGCAACAAGGACCGAGAAAGGGAGUCAAAGAGGACAACGGGCAAUGAGAAAGAAAGGAAGGAACACAGUGGAAAGAGAGAUGGAGAAAAAUCUGACAAGGCUGAAAUUUAUUCCGAGGGUAACAAAGACGACAAAAAAUCAGACACAAAACCGGAAAAGAAAGAGGAUCCUGCCAAACCAGUAAUGGAGCCUAGUCUGAGUGAUUUAGUGGCGGCAAAAGACACGGCCCUCAAGCUCGACAAUGCCCCCGAACAAUUGGCAAUGGAUACGGGGGCAGGGGGGUCGAGCACCCUCAAACCAGCGGUGCCCGAGACGCUUAAUGAUCUUGCCAUCCUCUACCCGGUGGCUUGGCGUGGGAAUCUUGUCCUCAAGAACACGGGUUUUCCAACUCGAAUGCAUCUGGUCGGUGGGGAUCCAGCUGUGGCCGAAACGCUCCUGAGGACUAGGGAGGGGAAAGACUACCUGUUUUCCCUGCGCAUCACCCAGAGGCUGCGUUUGGAGCAGCCGAGGCUCGAGGAAGUCAACAAACGAAUGGUAUCUGCUGGGCCGAGCGGUUACUGCGUCCUCUUAGCUCUCCCCGGACCAAUCCCUCCGAAUCUUUCGCCCGACACUGACAGCAUGAUGCAGCUUCGACCCCUCAAGAGCCUCGUGAGCUACCUGAAACAGAAAGAGGCCGCGGGCAUCGUUGCGCUGGGUGGGCCCGAGGGGUCCGACACUGCCAGCGCGAGUGUUGACAAAGAUGUCGUUGGGGUUCUGCACGCUUUUCCUCCCUGCGAGUUCUCGCAGUCUCAACUCACAAAGAUAGCUCCCAGUCUGGGCGCGCAACCGGCCAAAGAAGACCAUAUUGUUGUUCUUCUCGUCAAAGGGAAUGUUUGAUAAAGAAAGUUUGUAAAGGAAAGAGUAUUGAUGAUAUAUACUUCUCUACGAAAGACUUUGGAAUACCCGUUAUUGUACCACGCAUCAGCUGUUUACCCUUUCCCGUGUUUUUUCCUCCUUUUUUGAAGUUACUUUCAAGUGUGCAUAAUAAUAAAUACGACAAAAGAACUAAUGUGAGAAAGCAAAGCGAGACUGUUGAAAAAUUUCUUCUUCUCUGCUCUUCGGUUUGAUGCACUGCCUACUUAGCAAUACUGCUGUGUUUAUAAUACUGCACUUGUACUAACAUGUGUAUAAUUAUUAUAACACUGGUGCAGAGUUUUUAUAUGCAGUGAGUCCACAAAAAAUUUAUCAACCUGGUUGGAUGAGUAA